AUGCCUCAUUAUUCGCUCUCUCAGAACAGGACCAAGAUUGACGAGCACUAUACUCUUGUCCUGUAUCAAUAUCAGUCACCAAAGUAUUCACCAGGGACUUUGGGUCAGAACAUAAYGAUAAACAUCACCAUUCCCGCCAAUGAUGACCCGUAUGGUGUCAUUGAAUUCGCUGCUCGGGACUCUGUCAAGCGUGUGGCUGAGGUAAAAGAAGAAAACACCACAGUCAGUUUUGAGGUGCAGCGAAAUAAAGGUACCUUUGGUACUGUGGAUGUCUCAUGGGUUAUCCUUAGUGAUACAGACGCAAGCCUUGAUAUAUAUCCCACAUCUGGAGUCUUGACCUUCCUGGAAAAACAAGCAGCCGGGAAUAUUUCAAUUUAUGUCUUGUCAGACAAGAUUCCCGAAAAGGACGAAACGUUUACCAUUCUCCUUCAAAGAAAAACCGGUCAAGCUUCCUUUGGCGACCGCACUAACGUCACAUUAAUCAUCAAGAAAAAUGACGACCCGAUCUUCUUUGAGACCACAAACAUCAAGGUCAGAGAAGGACAGAUUGCAAACCUCACCAUUCGUCGUGGUGGAGACGGACUUAGUUCAGUAACAGUAACAUAUAGCACCUUCGAUGGGACGGCUCGAGCUUCUGAUGGUGAUUUCCUUGCAAUUUCUUUCGAGCGGUUAACAUUUGGUGUAGGAGAGUUUAAUAAAUCCAUAUCGGUCGUCACUCGUGAUGACGAGAAAGCUGAAGGAGUGGAAAACCUUACUGUGAAACUCUUGAAUUCAACUGGAGAUACAGUUCUGCAGAAUGCCGUUGCAACGAUCUCGAUCUAUGCAAGUGAUGCUGGUACUGGGUUGUUCGAGUUUGAUAAGAAUGCGCCUUUGAAUAAGACGAUUAAGGAGGAUGGCUCUCAGGCUAGCUUCAAAAUAACAAGAACAAUAGCCAGCCAUGGUGUAGUCCAUGUUUAUUGGCAAGUGUUUAGUUUGCUUGACAAUGGUAGCCUAGCAACCAUCUCUUCAGGCGUUGACUUUAAACCUGCAGUCAAUUACGUCAUGUUUGCUGAUGGAGACAAUGAACAAAAUCUCGUCAUAACACCAUUAAAUGACGUCACCGCCGAAAUGAAUGAAAAGUUUGUUAUCAAGAUWAUYAAUGCGACUGGUAUUGAGACAGGUGAAAACGGUCGCCUUGGUAACUACACUACAGCGUACUUGACUGUCCUAUCAAACGAUGACCCUUAUGGCAAGCUCUUGUUCCCGUCCCAAUCACGUGACGUUAAGAUUCCUGAGGACUUUGAACCUGGAUUCAAGAACACUACUAUCAAGAAUCUGACCGUGAUGCGCGAACAAGGAGACUGGGGUGAUAUCCAGGUUGUCUGGGAAAUCGUCACCUCAGAAGCCAGCAUCAAGACACAUUACACGUAUGAUUUGAUGUUCCUUGGUGAUGUGAGAUCUGGUGUUACGAUGAAUCCAAGCAAAAAAAGGGAUAGAACAAACACUAAUGUGUAUUGCUUUGAUGCAAGUAAAAGUGGAUCUUACGCGACUGUAUCUUCAAUGAACGGACUUUCAACCAAAGAAAUCACUAUAAGUUCAUGGCUACAACCUGCUAAGUCAACAUUUGGUUACUUGUUGUCCUAUGCUGAUGGAGGGGACGUUGUCUAUGCUUUGGCUGUCAAUACCACGGCUUCUACUUCUUCUCUCUUUUUUGAAUUUGGUGCUUCAAAUGUAACUGUUGCUUUGGGCGUAGAUAUUGCUGACAACGCUUGGCAUAUGGUAGUCAUCACUCUUAAUUUUGGAACUGGAGUGGCAAAAUUCUACCUUGCUGGAUUACAGAAACGUACAUGGAAUUUUGCAGGGAGAUCGGUAGAUACCAGUGGUACAUUCACUGUCGGUGCCUUACAACCAGAUCAGCAAAAGUACACUGGGUGUAUCCAAGACAUCAGGAUACAAGCAGCUGUGCUUGAAGGAAGUACUGUUGAGGAAAUGCCGAAAGCUAUAAAUGAUUUUAAACAACUGAAUGGUUAUCUUGACUUCCCGGCUGGUGUGCGUCACAGAAACAUCGAAAUACGCACUGUUGAUGAUGACCUGCCCGAAGAAGAUGAAAAGUUCCCWGUAAUCCUAUUAGCACCAAAAGGUGGUGCUACCUUGGAUGAAAACCAUGCUAAGGCUGUGCUCACUGUUCUCAAGAGUGACAACGCUAAUGGUCUGUUUGGGUUCGAACGCAUUUCGCCCAUCACUAUGUCAGAAGUGAGCAAUCAGAGCAUAACCAUAACAAGAGAAAGGGGCAAGGCAGGCCAAGUUACUGUGUCGUGGGGAGUGUAUAAAGGUUACAGAGAUUUGCAAUUGGCUUCAGAUGAUUUUGAACCUUACCAGGGAAGCAUUAUCUUCGAAGACCAGGAAGAGACAAAGAAUAUCUUCAUAACUCCACGAGACGACAAUCUUCCAGAACUAGACGAACACUUUGUCCUGAAGCUAGUGUCGUCAGAAACAGGCGACAGCGAGAACACAAGUACACCAACAAGUGGAGCCAGUCUGGAUCCCAACUUAACGUCCAUCAACAUCACCGUCAUCAAGAAUGACUUUCCGUUCGGCUUGCUGCAAUUCAUGGACCGAGUUCCUGCAUGGAAUGAUUCCAUACCACCUGCUGUUGAUGCUUACUAUAAAGACGUUAGGGAAAGUAGUGGAAGCGUACGGCUUGUUGUCGUUCGUGCACAGGGAGUUAAUGGUGAGGUGAAAUGUUUUUGGAAGAUAGAACCCCAAUCUGCAAAACCAGCUGUUGAUUACGUAAAUGAUGCAGGAGAAGUGAUCUUUCCAUCUGGUGUUCGCAACAAUACGAUAGCCAUUAGCCUAAAAGAUGACAACGUUCCUGAGCUCAUCAAGACUUUUAAAGUUGUUCUGUAUAAUCCAAUUGGAGGAGCAAACCUUAGUUCGGUCGCUUCAACUGCAAUAGUCAAUAUUCUUCCAAGUGACGAUGCAUUUGGGGUCUUGAAUUUUACACAAGAUUCCAUCGAAAAGACUGUAGAGGAGUCAGAGUCUGUCGUCCUGACAGUCAUGCGCAGUGCAGGCAGUCUUGGCCCCGUCACGGUGUACUGGAAAGCCAUUGGUCCUCACCAAGAUGACCUGAUGCCAAUGGAAGGCAAUGUAGAACUACCCACAGGAAAAGAAACAGCGCAAAUUAAAUUCCGAGUAGCUGACGAUGCGUCGCCUGAGCUGUCAGAAAGUUAUCUUAUCCAGCUUGUGAAUGUGUCGUCUGGGAGACUUGCAGCGACUGGUACAAUCAGUAACAUCACCAUUAUCGCCAGUGAUCACCCGUACGGGAUCUUUCAGUUUAAUCGCAGCGUCGUAUCUGUAACAGAAAGUAACAGAAAUGUUACUGUAGUCGUCAACAGGGAAAGAGGUGUCCUUGGAGCGGUACGAGUGUACUAUGAAACCAUGAACGAUGGAGAUGUGUCCGGGAGUAUUAGACAGAAGGCUUCAGCCGGGAAAGACUUUGUGGCAUCGAACGGCUAUGUUGACUUUUCUGGAGGACAGAAAAACACUUCAUUCGUGAUUCAAAUCUUGGAUGACGCCAUACCUGAAGAUGAAGAGAUUUUAUUAGUGAACCUGACAAGAGUAGAGAUUGUCAAGCACUCGCCAGUUAUUCCAGGUUUGAUUUUGUGUUUUGUGUAGCGGCUUUGCAUGAUCUUGUGAUAGCGGCCAUGACAGGAGGCAAAACAAAGGGGUCUUUUCCCACUAGUAAACUACGCCAAAUUAGACUAGAUUGAAUUGUUCCGGCCUCCUGUCAUGGCUGCCAUCACGUGAUGUUGCAAAGCCUUUACGCUGAACAACCAUGGUUGGUGUUUUAUUUGAUAAACACAAAUAUUUCGUAUGACCGUGAAAUGGUACAGCACGGUCGCGUUACACAAUUGACGAAAUCCAUUGGACCAAUCACAGUGUCCAAAAUUAAUCUUUAGCCAAUAAAAAUGCUCAGAAACGGUAUCGUCACGGUCACAGCAAUGCAUAUCUGCUCCAUAAACCUUUUCUGAGUUCGAUAAAGAUAUUGCAUUGUGGUCUAGAUUCGAUUCAAACAACACCAUAUAUAAGGCAUGAUGAAUAAAAGAUCUGUGUACCAAAGCUAGACCACAAUGCACCAUGUUCACUACUUCAGAAAAGGUCAGAAAAGGUUAGAAUAUUGGCAUUUGAAACAAUCACUGCAUAGAAAAAUGGAUUUGCAUACCUGAGCAAAUGUUGUGCAAAUCUAUUAUACUAAAAUUGACACAAAUUUGUUUCCAAGCCAAAUUUGGUCCAAAUGUAAUUUUUUUAUCCCAAUCAAAUGUGAGUAAAAGUGUAGCAUUCUUGGUAUUUGCAUCAGAUUUGACAAACAUUUUAUUUCUAUAACAAAUACUGGGUUUUACAAAACAUUUGCCACGAAAGCAAAUUUGGUCCAAAUUUAAAUAUUUGUGUCCCAAUCAAUUGUGAGUAAAAGUGUAGCAUCAUUGGUAUUUGCAUCAGAUUUGAC